UGGGGGCAGAAGCGUGUUACUUGUAAGUGAUUUCUUUUCCUUUGUUGCAAUGAUUCUCUUAUGCUUUUGAGGCUUCACCAACUCACAGGAUAAAAUAUUUCUGGCUUAAUAAACCAUCAUACUGCAAAGAACCUUUUUAUUUCACAAAGCUUUUGACCAGGUUUAACCUCAGCUGUGGCCUUGCUGCUUUUGGAUCUGGCAGCACGGCUGUAAUGAAAUGACAAUGAGCUAUUAAAGUGUGCAAUUUUCUUGCCUAUAUUUCACAUUGGCGUUCUCCUAUUUGUUGGACUGGGCUCUGUCCCCUGUUUAGGGCCUUCUGGGGAACUGUUCUAUUGUGUUUCCUUUUGUGUGUUGUUUCAUUAUAGAGAACCACAAUCCUGUUUUAUCAGAAGAAAUGGGAAACCAUUUAUCUUAGCAGCUAACUAAGUGUACUUGAGGUUUUCAGGAAUAUACAAGAGGAACCUGUUUCUAUUGUUUAUUAUUUUUAUUCCUGCAGUGCCCAGGAGCCUCACUUACCAGCCCUGAUGCUAAACAAGGUGCUUUAGACAAACAACAGAAAGAUGAUUUCUUCUUUAGAGAGCCUGACUCGAGUGCAGUGCAGAGCCACGCAAAAAUACCUCACCUGGUUUUGAACAAGCUUGUCUGGGCACUGGAAAUAUCCCUCAGAUGAUGAAGCUAAUGAGAAGACAAGUGGUGAGAGGGGAGCAAUGCAUCAGGAUUCAGACUCUAAACUUGCUGUGACAAAGAAAAGAAAGCAGCCUACAGAGUGUUUUCUAACUCAGCCUGAAGAAAAACAGGAGAGCACUGUAAAAGCAAAGAGGAGAAGGAAGAAGAAGAUUUCUGAUAUUUUGGAAAAAUUUACUCCAAAACCCGGUGUCCCUGAAGAUCUGCUGAACCUGCUUAGUCAACAUUUUGGUGCAAAGCGUUCAGUGAUAGAAAUGGAAGAAUUAAAGCUGUCAGAUUCCUGUUUUUUGCCAGCCAAUGACCUCACCCACAGUUUUUCUUCAUACCUGAAGGAAAUCUGUCCUAAAUGGGCAAAACUUCGAAAAAACCACAAGGAGACCAAGUCAGUGGUGAUGCUGGUUAUCUGCAGUUCUGCCCUUCGUUCCUUGGAACUCAUCAAGUCAAUGACAGCAUUUAAAGGAGACUGCAGAGUUCUGAAAUUGUUUGCAAAGCACAUAAAGAUAAAAGAACAGAUAACUAUGUUGGAAAAAGGCAUCUUCCACAUUGGGGUGGGAACUCCUGGGAGAAUAAAAGCGCUUGUGGAGCAAGAUGGCCUGUACCUGAACUCAACAAAGUAUAUGAUUCUGGAUUGGAACUGGAGAGAUCAGAAACUAAGGAGAAUGAUGGAUAUCCCUGAGAUAAAGAAAGAAACAAUUGACCUGCUGGAGAUGAGUAUUAUAAAGCUGUGCAGAGAGGGAUCUGUGAAGCUGGGACUCUUUUAAUGGUUUUACCAACAAGAAAGUAGUCUGCAGUUGUAAUUUACUAUUAUUCUGUCUGCAAUUGGCAAGUCAUCGAUGGGUGAUUAAAUUAAUUGCGACCUUUCAGAGGCCUGUUCAUGUUGCUUUCCUUUCUUUUAAUAAUAAAACAGAAAUUUUGUCUGCA